AUGGCAUUCAAGGGCUGUCGCCAGCGGAUGAAUCUGUCGUCGUUGGAGUCAACCUGCACCACCAUCUCCUCCUCCUCUGAGCGACGACUUUUGAUGAACCGUUGCCUCUUUGAUAGCAACGGAAGCAGCGUUAGGAGGAUUAGACUUCACUCAUCACCCCCAGUUCUCCGGUUCGGCAAUCAUUAUCGACAGAUGCAUCUAGAUGCUUCAUUUGAGGUCACGACGACUAGAUCUCAAGUUAUCGUCGACGGCAGUGUAACGGAUCAGCAGCCGACGGCGUCGUUGUUUAGGAAGUGGGAGAACACCAGAACAGCUGCAUUUGAGCAGUUCAGCUACCAUGAGAUCUGUGGUUGCAAUAGUUUCCUGUGAGAACCGAUAACCAGACUAAAAAUGCUGCCCGGGUAUAGCAACAGGACUUCACUCUCUUUGGUUACAAACUAUGCGCAAUGGCAGAAGAAAUGCUGUUGGAUCACCAUCAGCAAGCCUACUCUUCAUUCUGAGAUUCUUCUCUUUUAUGUCGCUGCACAACAUCAACAGGGGUGGGAAAGGCCAAUCUAGAAUGAGACUGGCUGGCUGUCAAUUACGCCUCUCAGGCCAUGGAAUCACUCAAAAGAAACACCAGAUUUGAUGGGUGGCAAUGAGGGUUCAACUUUCAAGGGUACGUAGCUUCCCUUGAUGGUGGCUCUUUGUACAGCCAUGCUGUUUAUUGUGUAUAGAACCACGCUCUUUUCAGUAUGAGCACACAGAGGAGCGUCCAACCCUCUCACUCUCUUAAUUCAUUUGUUUUUACGUGUUCUGGAGGUAUGGGGUUUUCAAACUGGCCAGCCAUGGAUUAUGAGCAAUAUGUUGCUUUGUUUAUGGUAGUUGGUUUAAUAACUAAAUUAUGUUAGUGACUAUAGUUCGGUUGUUUUAGUUAUAAUUUUCCCUAAACUGUACAUUGUUGUGUAGUGUUAAUGUGGGUUUGGUUUGUGGGGCAGGUAUGCAGUCUAGCUUGGACUUCCAUUACUUACUAUGAUGUUUUAGUUAGUUUGACUCAUCGGCUAUAAAGGUUGUGUUGUUUUGUAGACUUUUGAAUGAAAGAGCAAAGUAACCUUAGUUCUCUUUAGUAAACAUUGAAUCUUAGUUCUCUUUUUUUGUUCUCCAUAGAGAGAUCAUAAAUAG